AUGAGCUCUCCUCGACCUCACGCUGUCUUGCAAUGGGGCCUCGCACAGCUUCCACUCCUCCGCCCUCCCAGCGGCCCAGAGGGAGUAUUCGACAACAUCAAAAACCUCGUUUUCGCAUACCUGGUGCUCUCUCGGUCCCUCAAAUGUUACCGUCAUCUCCGCGCGCGCGGGGUGGUGCAGUCGUUGCAGGACUUCUGGAGAUAUGUCUCCCAGGAAACAAUCCUUCUUGCGCUCCGUCUGCCUGCAGCGCGCAAGAAGGUCAAUGCUGAGCUCGAGCAGGCUCGGUUGGAUAUUGAGAAGAUGAUAGUGCCGCAGGGCCCGUCUGUCAAGCGACACCUAUCUCUCCCGAGCCAAGGCCAGUCCCCAGAAUGGAUACGUGAAGAGAUGGCCAAGAUGGACGCUGAAGCUAACCACACGGCUUGGAGCGGCGGGAAAGUCUCUGGGGCUGUUUACCACGGAGGGGAAGACAUGACACGCGUCAUCCUUGCUGCGAUAGAACGGUAUGCACUCUCGAACCCCCUCCACCCAGAUGUAUUUCCUGCGGUGCGCAAGAUGGAAGCGGAGGUCGUGGCCAUGUGCUUGAAGAUGUACAACUGUCCCUCCGGCGCAGGUACCACAACCUCAGGUGGGACGGAAAGCAUUGUGAUGGCUGUCAAGACGUACAGGGACUGGGCAAAGGCUGUUAAGGGCGUGAAGGAGCCGGAGAUGAUUGUCCCUCUGACAGCUCAUGCAGCUUUCGAUAAAGGUGCGGCGUACAUGGGUGUUAAAGUGCAUAGCAUUCCUGUGGACCCUGUAACCCGUCAGGUCAGCAUCAAGCAUGUUGCGCGUGCCAUUAACAACAAUACGAUCAUGAUUGUUGGGUCCGCGAUCAACUUCCCUGACGGAAACCAAGAUGAUAUCGUCGCGCUUGGUAAACUUGCUAGCAAGUACAACGUUGGGUUGCAUGUCGAUUGCUGCUUGGGAAGCUUUAUCAUGCCUUUCCUCGAGGAGGCAGGAUUCGGGCCUGUGCAACCCUUCGACUUCCGCGUCGAGGGAGUUACAAGUAUCAGUUGUGAUACGCACAAGUAUGGAUUUGCUCCCAAAGGAAAUUCUGUGAUUAUGUACCGCAGCGCAGAGCUCCGGCGUUAUCAAUACUACGUGAACGCAGAAUGGGUUGGGGGUGUGUAUGGUAGUCCGAGUGUUGCAGGGUCACGACCCGGGGCUCUCAUCGCAGGGACAUGGGCAGCAAUGCAUUAUAUGGGGCAUUCAGGGUACCUCGAGUCUUGCCGCAGCAUAGUCUCAGCUACGCGCACAAUUGCACGUCGCAUUCGCGAGGAGAUCCCUGAACUGCGAAUUCUGGGCAAUCCGCCUGCUUCCGUCGUCGCCUUUGCCUCAGUCAACGAGCGUGUACUACGAGCGCAUGAGAUCGGCGACAAGAUGUCGAAAAAGGGGUGGCACCUCAAUGCCCUCACUAGGCCUGCAGCAAUACACAUCGCGGUAACACGUCUCACCGUUCCUGUGGUGGAUCAACUCGUCGAGGACUUGAAGGACGCCAUUCGCGAGGCGAAACUUGAACCCACAGGAAAGGGAACGAUGAUGACUCUGUAUGGAUUGGGUUCGUCAAGCCCAAUUGGACCGACCCUAGUGGGACAUGUCGCGGCGUUGUUCUUGGACGCGAUGUACAAAGCAUGA